AUGUGCACAAAAGUUUUAUCGUGUAUUUUGUGUGGGCAGCCCAAUUUCCCAAACGUGGAUGCGUUACGGGUCAGCCUGCUCAAAGUAACGGCGCGACCUCUAAAAUGUCCAAUUUGCGGUGACGAGUUGCUCGGUUUGGACAAACUGACCAUCCACCUGUUUGGUCAUUCGCUGCUCGAAGAUCAUCAGGGUGCGCCGAACCGACAGGAAGUGGCCGAUGAGGGUAACUCGAUCAAAAGUGAUUCCAUAAGAAAUGAUACAAGUGGCAGCAAAGCAGAAGGUUCGUCGAAAAGUUUGCGGAAGGUGCGACGGAGAGAACCAUCAUCCGAAGCGGAAGUGAAGCGUAGUGAAAAUGGCACUGACAUUGGACUGGGGAAAAUGUCACCAGCUGGUGGUCCGCUUGGUGGCUCCAACUACUGCUCGAUGUGUGAUGUUGAGUUUCGUAAUCCAGCACUUCUCAAGAUGCACCAGGAAGUUUUCCACGAGAACGGAGCGGCUGCAACCAGCCCGGCCAGACUCGGUGGGGGAGACAAACGAUUCGUUUGUCACAUUUGCCCGAAGGAGUUCAAGAUGAAAGGAUCACUAAAAAUCCACAUGCGGGUUGUGCAUGCGGAUGGGCCAAAGAAGUUAUGCUUAGAAGGGACUCAUCGAGCGAACAUCACACAUGGACGUUCUUCUACUACCACGACGGCGGUUGAAGCUGCCCCCCGCAACAAUGACGUCAUGGCAAAAAACGACCAACUCAUCCCCUCGCCGAUGUCCUUGCAAAUGCUCGAUCAACAUCAAAAUAUAGCCAUUUUCCAUCCACCCGCAGCGUCCGCCGAUGGAAUUGGGGUACCACCCCCAGAACCGCACAUUAUUCAAAUUAUAGAUCCUCGACAAUUGGCGCAAGUGGUUUAUCUUCCUCCCAAUAGCUCCGGGACACCUUCCGUCGACAGUGGCAACAUUGUCGGUGCGCAACAGUUCAUACAAGAAGCUACUAAUGCUUCCCCGCGCAGAAUCGACAGCCCGUCACUGCCUUCCUCGCCCCAGCAACCGGGACAAACGGACAAUCCAAAGCAAUGGGAAUGUGAUGUUUGUCGAAAAACUUUCACUACGAAAUAUUUCCUCAAGAAACAUAAUCGACUCCACACAGGAGAAAUGCCAUACACGUGCGGUAUUUGCAAUAAAUCGUUCACGUUUCAACAGUCCUACCACAAACAUCUACUUUAUCAUAGUGAUGAAAAACCACACGUCUGUUCGGUGUGCAAUCGUGCCUUCAAGGAACUUUCUACACUGCAUAAUCACGAGCGGAUACACUCCGGUGAAAAACCUUUCGCCUGCGAAACUUGUGGAAAAUGCUUUCGCCAGCGCGUUUCUUACCUCGUGCAUCGAAGGAUACAUACCGGGCUGAUGCCGUACAAGUGUUCCGGAUGUGAGAAAAGUUUCCGUUACAAGGUUUCCCAGCGUACGCACAAAUGCCCGGCAAGUCCUCCGGGCACAGUUGUGCGGAAAACCGGUGACCUGCUGCAGAAAUUGCUCCAGUCAUCAUCCAUCCUCCCGGAAGGAUCGUCCCAUCCAGAUACGGGGAAUUUGUUUCCCGUCAGUCCUAUGGAGGAGAGCAACAAGCAGGAAGUCGAUUACGUGAACCGCACGCUAGACGAGCUUGUUCAAGGAACGUACAACAAGUUGGGUAACAUAGCUGGAACAUGUGAUUCUUCUGCCACGUUGUAUGACCAUCAGACACAGCAACAGCCAAUUUACAGCAUCUCCAUCAACGAAGCUCAAUUUAAACAACCUCAUCCUGCGCAGCUCGAACAAGUUCCAGCAGCGUCCAACUCGCCUAUGGAUGGCAGUUUUCCAAGAAUAGAAAACCUUUGCCUCCUUUCUCCAAGCGCCUUCGAUAGCGGGCAGCUUGAGGAUCUGGAAGGAUUGAAACUAGAUAACGGGUGGUAA